GUGUCAAACAUGGCGCUGUCCUGUGCAGGUCUGUGUACCCAUUUGUCUUUGGCCAGACUCUGUGGUCUCAGGACAAACAGGAUAGCAAAUGGCCUUAAUUCACCUUAUGUGUCCUGCCCGCCCAGGUUGUCUCUGUGUAGACACUACACAUCAUCUAAAGUUAAACGAGGUAUUGGUCGAUACAUUUCUUCUAGGCUCCAGUCUGCAAAUAAUAAAUAUGAAGAGUUCCUUAAAAAGCGAUUUCCCCGAUUCUAUCAGCUCUACCACACUUUUGUGGAAGGAUUCAAGCUGCUGUUCCAAGAUGCUGGGGAACUGAAGAGGAUACGAGUAAAGAUGUUCACAGAUGGAAUAAUGUACAAGGACCUGCCUUACAGGGACAUGGAGAAACUCCGUCAGCUUCGCAGAGAUAUGAUCAAGGCCAUUCCACUGGUGAUGAUAUCCAUUCCUCCCUUUGCCAAUUAUCUGGUCUUUGUCUUGAUGUACUUUUUCCCCCGCCAGCUCCUGGUCCCUCAUUUCUGGACUCCGCAGCAGCAGGUGACCUUUCGGGGUGUGUACCAUUCCCUCAGGGCCCAGCACCACCAGCCGGUGCUCAGAGGACUUGAGUACGCAAGUCACAAAGUCAGAGAUGUUCAGCUGCAGCGUCACCUGAAGGAGCUUUGCACCAAAGUACAAAAUGGAGCAACCCCUAGAGUGUCUCAAAUCCUCGCUGUUCGAAGUCUGUUUUCUGGACACCCACUUGGUAUAAAACGGAUGCGAGUGAAUCAGAUGAGACACAUCAGCCCACUGCUUUUCUUGACGCCUCGCCUCCCGGGCUUCCUGAUUGGCCGGAGGCUUAACAGUCACGGCUUGGAGCUGCUCCAGCUGGACCGCGCCCUCAGCAGACUGGGCCUUCACCAGCUCAGUGACUCUGAACUCAAACAUGCCUGUUAUGUAAGGGGACUCAACUCCGAUAGCCUCAGCGUUAACCAGUGUCGUGACUGGUUGUCCAGUGGCUCCCAGGUCUCCUCCGCACUGAAAGAGUCAGAAGUGUCGUCUUUGCACACCAUUGUAUUACUCUCUGCCAACUAUCCAAAUGGUCCCGGUCGCCACUGCAGGGAAGCCUGACCUUGCACUUCGAAGCGCUGUCAGCAUCUCCCUUUUUGCCAAGGAAAAAACAUUUUAAAUUUGCACAAAGCAAGAUUUUUAGGUUUGGAAACAUAGUUUUAGGCUUAAAAUCAAAGCAGUUCUCAUGGAAAAGACUUCCUUCACUUCUGGGCACUACAGAAUUGUCCUAUUUGCUCAUUUACGUUGUGUAUUAAAUGGUGCAUAGGGUAAAUCUGUAGGCUCGUUAUCAGCAGACUCUUAAAACAUGAAAUGAUAGGUAUUGUCACCUAAAAAUCUUGCUUGGCACAAUUCUUUUGCUUUGCAGAAUGUAAUUUAGGGGUUUAACCCAAGUAUGAAGCACUUGACUAUUUACAGGGAAGGCUAAGGUACCCCCCUCCCUCACCUGUCACUGAAUCUCAAAUAUUUUAUCACUUUACAGUGAAGAUCUGUUUACUUCUAAGCUAGCACAUUAUUACAAAGUUACAUUUGCAAGGGUAGAAAGAUGAUGUAGUGUAAGAAACAACGAGCAGUGCUUUUGUGGAAUGUCAAGUGACUGUCACAUUCCAGUGAUUAAAAAAAUACACAUGAAAAAGCUUUUAUGUGGACACGGUAAAUACUUUUACAUGGUCACAUAAACAUGUACUGUAUUUCCUCAUAGUUUUACCUCAUUUUGUGACUGGCUUAUUUCUGUACUAUCACUAGUGCAGGUUAUGGCAACAUUGUACAUAGCUUAUGACAGAGGUUUUUUGUGUGCCGUUGUGGAAGAAGGAAAUUGUCAAAUAGGGAACUGAUCAUUAAAAACUAGCGGACUGCAUGAAAGCGCCCUCAAGGUGAAAAUGUCACUAGUAUUUUAGAAGAUCAAUCCGCCAAAUUGCAAAGACAUUCAUGCUUGAUUUUGAAGUGAAAACUGACCCCUUAUUGUAGGAAUAGUCUAAUAUAAUAGUAAUCUUCCCUGUAUGUGUUGGGGUGCAGCACAGCAGUAAUGCACUGUUUCAAGAUUUGUGAUGGCACUUUAUUUGACCGUUUACUUUGUGUUUUCUGUUUCUAGGGGCUUAAAAUGACAAACUUAUCCUAGUCAGAUCACACUUUUGCAGUUUAAUUCUAGCAUCAUACUCUGUCAAUAGAACAAAGAGGAACUGCGUUUGUUGUGUGGCUUUUGUUGUAAAAAA